AUGAGCUUGACACAAACAACGAGUGAUUAUACAGAAAAUGACAUCAUUUACUCAACAACAGAUUCUUUUGUUAGGAUGUUUCUGACGACAGAAUAUUUAAAUGUGACUGAUAGUAGUGAUAAUGUAAAUAGUAAUUUUAGUGACGCAAACUCGACGUUUUUAUAUCAUGAGCCUCAUAAGGAAUAUAUUUUUGAUCGGAAAGAUGUGAGAUAUGUCUUUAUUACUUUAUAUUCGUUGGUCUUCUGCUUUUGCUUCUUUGGAAACCUUUUGGUGAUUUUAGUAGUGACCUUAUCACGUCGACUUCGUUCAAUUACAAAUUUUUUUCUUGCCAACCUUGCCGUUGCUGACUUUUGUGUUGGUAUAUUUUGUGUUUAUCAGAAUUUGUCGCUUUAUUUGAUUGAAAGCUGGGUAUUUGGAAGCUUUUUGUGCAAGACAUACUACUUCAUAACAUCACUUAGUUACACAGCAUCUAUAUUCAUUCUCGUCGUUAUUUGUAUGGAACGUUAUUUAGCCAUCCAGCAUCCAAUAACGAGUAAACAGAUUUUAACGUCAAGUAGAUUGAAAAUUGUGAUAGGAUUCGUAUGGCUAGGAUCUGUAUUAUAUUCAGCACCAAAAUUCAUAUUCGUACAAACAAUAACAAACAAAUUGGGUAAUCAAACAGAAACGAUAUGCAUUGUGAAUAGGAGGGAUUACAACAUGAAAUUUUUUGACGUACUCAAUUUUGCUUGCUUGUAUAUAUUGCCAUUACUUGUCAUGACGGUGCUGUAUAGUCGCAUAGCAAUAUCAUUAUGGAAAAGUUCAAAGGGACUUGGGAGGCAUUUACAAAUGAAAUCGACAACACCAAUGACGCAGGUCAUUUCCGCAAGUAAUCCAUCACCAUACUGUAGAUACCAGCAGAAAUGUGAAAACAAAAGAAUGCUCAAUGCUAGUGAGAGUGAGGUUUCUAUGGAGACUGAUAAAAAUGGCGUGUCCACUUGGAGAACACAAAGUGUCCAUGGAGGUCAUCAUGUCAGACAGCAACACACUCACAUAUCAACUCAUUCUACAAAUAAUGUAUUAAGAGCUCGCAGAGGUGUCGUUAGGAUGCUUAUUGUCGUCGUUCUGACAUUUGCUUUGUGUAACUUACCACUUCAUGGAAGGAAAAUGUGGCAAUAUUGGUCAGACGGCUACAAAGGCGAUUCAAAUUUUACAGCCCUCUUCACACCAUUAACUUUCCUUGCGACUUACUUUAACAGCGGUGUAAAUCCACUCCUUUAUGCUAUCCUGUCGAGAAACUUCCGUAAAGGAAUGAGUGAACUGCUGAUAUGCUCGUUCAAGACAAACAAGAAUCGAGCGAUAAACAAACGAACAGUAACGCAUGUAAGUAAUCUCAAUAGCACAAUAUUGACGCACAUGAAUGGUGAUGAGACAAAUGGUGGCCUUACCAUUGACAGAGGUCAUCAAUUGAAUCAAAGUGUUAUGGAAUACGAUAGCUCAAAUGAUUAUGUUGAGACGUAGCAGUAAAGUGCCAGGCAUUAAAAAACCUUUUUGUUGUCAUUUUUUAUUGAGAAG